UUGAUUUUGAAUUGACAGUGUGAUGGAUGAGUUGUCAAAGUUCAUCCUCGAACAGAAAAACUUGAUAUAUGAAGAAAAGAAGAAAUUGAACCUGAUACCAAUUGCCAGCCCACGUAGCGCCGUCUCCAGUGAUGAUGCCAAAGUGAGUUACGAGGUUGACAACUAUUGCGGCUAGGUCUUCUUAUUUGCAUUGUAUUGAAUCCGUUGUUUAUAUACAACAAAGGCUGAAAUGCAGAAACAGCCAGAGUGUAAAUGGAGCAGUGAUGUAUUUGAUGUGUCAGCUUUCAUAAUUCGUCAGAGAAGUUUGAUUUAUGAAGAAAAGAAGAAAUUGUGGAUGGUAGAGAGUGAGAAUCGCACAGCGCUACAUAAUUUAAGAAUUCGCCACCCCGAAUCUUAAAGAUCCGUGGAACAGAGACUUGGCUUCAGGUGCAGUAACAUCUGUUCGAGAGAAAGUGAAAAUCUUCAACAGUCGAAGGUCCAACUUGCAAUACCAGUGUUAAGCAUAAAUUAAAAGCUAUUCUUUCAUUGUUCAUGGAUGCUGAAGUAAUAUAGUAAAAAAAAAACACCAAGAAGAAUAAUUUAGAACAAAAAUCAAAUCAUUGCUGUCACAUUCAUUACUAAGCAGUCAGACCGUAAGAUGGUUCGCUACGGAGAAUAUUCACCCCUGAACCCAACUUGCAGAACAUCUAGCAAGCUGCUUCUGGGGAUUGGGGAGUAUGAUGAAAGGAAGCGCUUAUUAGAAGAAAAAAGGAAGCAGGAACAUAAACAGGUCCGCCCAGCUAGAAAAGAAUACUCCCAACCAUCCAGUAUGCAAAAUUAUAUUGCGCCUGCAGCCCCAAAAUUCUCUUCCUCUGUUGCUGAUAAAUCUGUCCAAGUUGAAUGUGAUGCUGCCAAUGAUCAGAAUAAACUUCGUCGUACAUAUGUUGAUCAGUGUGUACAGGUGACUGAACCACCAGCAGUGGAUAUUCGUGAUGAUCUAUUGAAGGAUGACUAUGGAAUUCCAUACAAAAGCAAUCAAAAAAGAAAAUAUAUCAGUGGACUUCACGAUUUAGAAGUUGCUGCAGGUGAAAAUCUGAGCCUGAAUAUUGAAGACAGUACUGUAAAGAAUUCCAUUGAUUUUAGCAUGCUGAGCCCUAGAGAUAGGAGACUGAUGGAAUUUUGUGGCAGUGGCAGUUAUAACCCAAGCUUUUAUGAGAAGUGGAAGUCUCCUACAAGAACUGUUGCUGAAAAGGAUGCUGGUUUAGCUGCAGAGCACAUAGAUGGCCAUAUGGCUACAGAACAACUAAGAAAGCGAACAUAUCAAGAGGAAUUAAGGAAACAAAUUGAAGAAAAGCGACAACUGGAAGCACAGCAAAGGGAAAAAGAAAGAAGAGAGGAGGAAAUUAUUCUGAAAAGAGUUGAACAGCAGCAACUUAGAAUGAAAUUAGAAUUUGAAAGAGAGCAAGCUCAACGCAGACACAAGGUAGAGAAGCGAAUGCAUCAGUUUGAGUCGUGUAAGUCCAGCAAUGAACAAGACGACUGUACACUUAAAAGUAGCAGAUCAAAUAAUGAGAACCAUGCUAAAUAUGAAAGCUCUUUGCCCACAAAAAUUGAAAAAAUUAAACAUUUGCCUCAGGGAGUGACAGACAAUGCAGAUUUUUCGAAUGAAUAUGACAGCGCUUUUAACAUCAUCGUAGAUAAUAAUAAUGGCAACUAUUUAUCAGUUCUUGAAGUGUGUCAAACACAAGAUAUUUCAAAUAACACUGGAGAUGGAUCGAAGUAUAAAAAAUAUGAAAGACCUUGUUGGACUGAAAGAAACUGUGCUCCUGGUGCUACAGUCAGUGACAUAACACAUGUACCUGACAAUUUAGGCUGUAUCAAACAAAACUCAUCUCAGGAAACAAGUACCGGCCCUUCAGAAACUAGUGUGGAGGAUUCUUGCCAAUUUUCAUUAGCAAAAUUGUCUUUCAAUCCGGAGAUUUCCUCACGUGUAAGAAAGGAUACAGAGACUGCACAAAGGAAACGUCCAGUACCAACUCCAAGAACUAAAUCACUCAGUAGCAGUUCCAGAACUGUCAGUAAUUCUGCAUCCAAGUUACCUAGUGACCAGAGCCAAAUCCACUCUACAGCAGUUACGGCCGAUAAAGAAAAUCUUAAUGAUUCACUACCAAUUCCAAUACUAGAAGAGGCAAAUAGUUUUGGUUAUGAUAGCAGUGAAACUCCAGGUACUGAUAAGGUGAAUAAUGGGGCACUGUUGAGAACUGAAGCCAAAUGGAAGAUUCCUGCUGUUCAAAAGAACAUAAUACAGGCAGGAGACAGUUGUAAAGACAAAUACCAUGGCCGCAUUCUAACCCAACUAGGUGCUUUCAGGAAGCAGUUACAGUUAGACCAACUGAGAAUGGAAGAAAAGGUCAAGAUUGUGAGAACACAGUCUGAUGCUUAAAAGCAAAAUAAAUUUUUGUUUGUUAUGGAAUGCUUUAUUUAUCUUGCACAAAAAAGUUUAAGACCAAAGAAAAAUCCUUUAGUAUGCACUAUAACUACUGAUUUAGAAUUUAAAUAUGCCCCCUAAUGUAAAUGCUUCUACUUCUUUAUGACUGACAGUUGUAAGAUUUUUCAAAAGGCGUAUUUAAAUAGGCCUACUAUUUUGUAUUUCUGGUUCCAUUCUUCCUAUUCCCAUCCUGAGUGAUAUGUUAUUUUAAAUGUGUUUAUGUGUGUUGUUAUAAAUGUAACUGUUAAUGCUGGUUGUUACGCUAAGGCUAUGAGAUAUAUAAUUACUUUGAUAUUAUGACUGUGGAAAUUCUGGUAUGAAAUGAUUGGGCUUGAUUCUUUAAGAUUAUGUGUGAAUGGGAACGGACACAUUGCAUGCAGGUACUUCACUAAUUGUAGUUGUAGAUAAGUAUAGUUCUUGCCUUCAUUGCUUAUGAAAACUAUUACAGUAGUCAACGUGACAGUCAAUUUUUCUUUGUGUUAUUGCAGUCUUCACACUGUAUCUGCGUAUUCAUGUGAUAUUGUCUGCUGAUAGGUGUUCUAGACAACUUUUGCCUGAUAAGAAGUGGUAUUAUCUAAUAUUUCAUAAGAAAUUUUUUCUGUAUUUAUUUCUGUGAUCUCUGCUGAUUUUUGAAGAGACAUUUGGCAAUGUCUUGCACCAAGAAAACUUUUUACUGAAAUUAGUAAAAACUGACAAGGGGCUAAUUAAGUGCAUAGAAUAGUUUUAAAGUGAAUGACCAUCAUUAACAGCAAGGAGUGAUGAUAAAAUUCGGAGUAUUAUACCUUGACCAUGACCAUUUAUCAGUUCAGCCAUACAACUGUGGCACAGGAAUAUUGAAGGAAAUCAGUCUUCUGCACUAUGUUUGUGAGCUCAUAGUACUGCCCCAACCUUUCAUUCAGGAUAUCUGCCUUUUCUGUGGAGGAUAUGAAGUGACAGAAAUUGUGUUUUGUCAUUGUUGUUCUCCUCAUACCUAUGUAGUUACUUGGAGUAUGCUGUCAUUGUGUCCUGCCUUCCACCCUUUUCCACAUUUCUCUUCCUUUUUCUCGUAUUUCAAAGAAGCUGAAUGACAUGGUAUAGUGAUUCAUAUCUGUUAUUAGUGUUCCAGAUACAAAUGAUAUAAAUUUUCUGUCGUUUCCCCAGAUUGCAUAAAUAAAUGACAGCAUGGGUCCUUUGAAAAGGACAUGGCCAAUAUCCUUUCUUAAUAAGAGUUUCUGCUCCAUCUCUUCCUCUGUCUUCCUUUCCUUCAAAGAAAGACAAUUUGAUUCCUAAAUUCAAUGUAUCUCAGCUCUACAGUGACUCCUUAAUUUAAUUUGAGGUCCAGGAUUUCAAUUAUUUAUGUUGAAAUCAUUUAACAGUAUCAGAAAAGUGUCUCUGCAUUUGUGAAUGAUAUAAUGUAGAUUUGUAAUGUAAGUGAAACAUUUUGUGCUGAAAUUCAUUUAAGAGUCCAUUCUGUUAGAAACAUAUACAUAUUACUGUAAACAUUUUCUGUCAAGUGUUUGGAAAUUUUAAAAAUAUGGACAUGCAGUAAAAUAAUAAAUAUGAAGCCACGUGUUAUUUCUGUUCAGGAUGUAAGGUGAUGGACAUUGUUUUGUCAGUGUUGUUCUCCUCAUAUCUAUGAAGUUACUUUGAGUAUGACAAUGUUGUGUCCUAUCUUCCAGUUUGCUAACAUUUCUCACAUUUCUGUUUCUGGUUUGUACCUUUGAAAAAACUUUGCUGGUGAACUGAGGUAUUAUGAUGUGAAAACACACUGGUAUUUGAUAUCUGUUUUCUUGAAAGAUUGGUGUACACCUACCACUUUGUGCCAUUUGUAAUAUUUUUUGUGCAUUGGAUUUACAACAGUCAUCUCAUAAAUAAUUGCUAGGCACUAUGUGUUCUUUGCCAAUUCCUUCAUAUUUUCAAACACUAGUGUUACAAUUUUAGUACAUAUGUGUAUUUGUGGAAAGCUGUGGUGCCCUUACAACAAGAGUUUGUACCUUACACUUUUUCAUUGUUUUGUAUAUAUAAUAAUUAUUAACUACAAAUGAAAUAUAUUUAUAUGACUGUAAGUAGCCCCCUAUUAUUUUAAAUAUGAUGUGUUCUUCCAAACAAG